GUUCACGCAUCGCUCGUAUUCUUAUUUAUUUUGUUGUGAAUGUCAAAAUUUACUUUAAUUUUACACUUUUUCGACAUUUCCAUUAAAUUAUUAAGAAAUCAAACACAUCGAAAAUCGUAGUUCGAGGAAUUAAGAUUAUUUCCAAUCGCCCACGGUUUGACCGAAAAGGCAGAUUUAAAAGCGACGUCCUUACAAGUUAAUUAGACAAUGCAAGAUAAUGUUUAAUCGACCAAGAUGUCGAGAUUGGACGGCUCUGGCUACCCAGCAAUUGCGUCUCCGCAACCUGAUACAGAUAUCUGGCCACAAUAUCGUAUGCGAACCAAAGUGCAGCAUUUACUUUACCUUGCAUCUGACGUCGAUGUCGGCGCCGUUUUUCACCAGCGAGAAACUGGAAUCGUACAAGAAUGCCAUUUGGCCGGAGAUAAAUUGCCAGAGCAUAGUCAAAUCAACGUCGCAUAGUGUCUGCAUACGUGUUUGGCAGCGUACACAGCAAACAGCCGAUAGUGACACAGCUGUUGACAAAGUGUUGUUUUUGUGGGGCGUUUACUUUUCGGGCCUGGUGCCCAUAUCGAAGCGAACGGAUGUGAAGCUCAACGAAAAUUCGCUGGUCUUUCACAUUCACGGUGGAUUUUUUACGUCGACCAAUUGCCUGGAACCGGAUAGUGUGUACAAACAACUGCAAUUCAUCGGCGUCAUUGAGACGAAAAAGUCACUGCAACAGAACUCCAAUUUGAACUGUGAUGCGAUAGUUUUAAGUAGCGAAGAAUUAACCAAUUUACGUGGAAAGGCGAAAGAUGAUACGCAGGACGUGUAUGCGUCACCGAGAAAUGGACAUCACAAUCAUAAUCACGACUGCAAUGAAGUGCCGGACAAGGUCAUCAAGUAUCUGUACAGUAAUCCCGAAUCGCUGAAGGUUCGGUACAUUGAAAAGAACUUUUUCAAAACGGAAAUCCGGCUCAGCUACAACGUCGACAAACUGCUAUUACUGCAGGAGAAACAGCGGACAAUGAUUAAGAAGAGCGCCAGCGCCAAAGAAUUGGUCGACAAGAUUUGUAUGCGAAGUGCGUUUUGUUUGAACCUGGAACUGAUAGCAAACAAAGCGAUGCUGUACCGACCCAGAGGUAAUCCGUCGAUGGGACGCACGUUAAAUCGACUCCUGUUCCAGCAACCCGAACAACCGAAACCCGAGAUUCUAUUGCAGGCGCAAGAGCUACGUCGACGCAUCGAAACGGCCAAAUUCCGGUGUCGGCUGUUGGUUCAGGAACGGAAUCAAGCAAAGAUCAAACUCAGACAAUUGGAACACAAAUUGGGAACGAUCAGUGAUGCAAACAUCGAACAAGAAGCGUGGCUAAUGGCCAACUACCGCGGGUUGGCUAGGGAAAAGGAUGCCGAGACGAAAAGUAUUAUGAACAUUCGUGAUCAAAAUGAGAAUUUAAUUAAAAUGGUAAAGGCACUGGAUGAUCGACGACAUCACUUGUUGCGCGAAUUGAAAGAGAUUUACUGCAUAAAGCGGCGGGAAAAUGCAGUUUUUAUGAUAAACGGAGCUGCGUUACCGAAUUUCGAUACCACAAGUUCGGAUGUGAUACCGCCGUUGGAAAUAAGUGUUGCCUUGGGCUACGCUGCCCACAUCACAUUAAUGUGUUCGAUAGUCUUAAAUUGCCCGUUAAGAAAUCCAAUCAUUUACAAAGGAUCGGCUUCUCGUAUCCGGGACAAUGUCAAAAACCUUUCCGAUCAUGAACGAGAAUUUCCGCUGUAUUGUCGCAAUUCGUUCUGGUCGGAGCCGCUUCAAUAUGCAAUUUAUUUACUCAACCAAAAUAUCGCUCAGAUGAAAUUCCAUCUCAGUUUGCAUAAAAUCGACUUGCGAACCACUUUGUCCAAUUUAUUGGAUCUGCUCGACGGUCCACCGCCAUCGGCAAUGGUCGAUCGGCUGAAAAUGGAACCGCAACAGUCAUCUGUAUCCGGAUCGUCGGUUGACUUGAAGGUAAUGGUGCCGAUGCACCAGAUGGCUGCCAGUCCGGUUGGUGAAAAGAGAAUUUGUCGUUCGGUGGGAAGUUAUACGGAUGAACCGAUUGGUAACAGCAAAAGUAACUUUAGCUCGGAGCCAAUACUAAGCGCCGGACAAGUUCAAUUGAGUAACUUCAAAAAUGACAGCGUUAUGUAGUCCUCGAUGCAGUUUGUAACUAUCGGACAAAAUUAAUUUAUUUAAAGAAAAAUAUAUAUUCCACAAUCCACAGUC